GUCUCAUGGAAUGGCUCAUCUAGUUCUUCCCUCCAUUUUUCUGUUGAUUUCUACUUUUUUCGUUUUAAUAACUUUCGAUUCGGUAGCCUGACUAACACUUUGCUAGUUCUUUCACAACAAAAAAUGUCCUCCUCAGUCAGAGAGGAAAAUAACACAACCAACAUGUUGUUGGUACCGACAACAUCGAACAACAAGAUGAAGGAUCCCUUCUCUGAACAAGACCUCAACAAGAACUCUCGAUACAACUUCAUCGACCCUCCGCCUCAACCAACUGAUGACGCUGAACAAGACUCUUCCUCCGAUGAAGAACCUGCUACGGGUUUCAUUCCAGGAGUCGGAGACGCAUCAAGAAAUAGACGGGAUCAGUCCGGUUUUUGUGCUCAACGUACGCAUUGUUUUUCUGAACGAUGGAGUGUUGUGGAAGUAGAUGGAAAAGUGGAUGUCGAUGCCUUGUGGCCGCAGGAGUUUGACCCAAGACCUUUUUUGAGUGGAGAUGUCGGUACAACAACGGGGGGCACUAGAACUCUUUUAGGUGGAGGAGGUGGGAAUAGUUAUAAGGUAAGGUAUAGGUAGUAUAAUACCACUAUUACAACAGCUACAGGUAGUACUUCUUCAUCAACCACAGCAGUCUAUUCUUAGUUAUCCUCAUCAUAGCCUAUCGCCAUCAUUAUAUCGAUAUAUAUUGGCGUUAAGUCAACUAAGAACUGCACAAAAACGGUCUUUAUUGUCGCCUCCUCGUCCUGGAAGUGCUCCGCUUAGCGACUUUUGUAACUUGUUUUCUCUUGGUUUUUCUGUCGUUUGGUUUCGUUUCAUGUGAGUCCCCGCGCCCCUCCAGAGUCCACCGCACCAGCCUGCAAAUGUAUGCUGGGGGAUUCUGGAGGGGCGCGGGGAUUUGGAGGGCGCCCGAGGUUCUUGGCUCGCAAUUGGGUGAGGGUUUUCCAGAAGGGAGCGCAGUAGGCGGCGAGUGUUCUGUGGAUUCGUAUCGUGCCCGAGAAGUUUGAAUUUUGUCCGGAUUUUUGCAGUCCUUAGUUGAAUUUUCUCCAUUCUAACCCCACUUGUCUGUGGUCGAAUUUUUCGCCAUAAUCGGAGAGGUUUGAGACACUCCGCCCGAGGUUCUUCGUUCUUGGGUCUUUUCAUGUUGUUAAGUGUUGGACUUUCGACCACCCGGCGCCCCGAGGCUCUCGCGCCGGGUGGGAUUAGUUUUUACAAAGAAGAGAGACGCGCCGCCGCCCUUAAAUGGUCAGACCACUCACGCGCGCCGCCGUGUGUGCGCAGAUUGUCGGGGGCGUUUGCUGGCGUUGUCUGCACUCUUUUGAAGUAUUUCAGCGGACAACUUUGCGGAGGUUUCGCCGGAAUUGAAUAAACCUCUCUAUUGUUUGCCGGGUUCCCGCUCGCUAGGCCAUUUUUGAUGAAAAAACUGAAAAGAUGUCUUCAGAUUUUUUUCCAAAAAUGGCCUUGCGAGCGGGAACCCGGCAAACAUUAGAGAGGUUUAUUCAAUUUCGUGGCGUUUUUCAAGAAGGGCUGGACCGGUUGCCGCCUGAAUUCUCAAGGGCUUGCGCCUCCUCUUUUUGUUAAGUUUCGAUGGUGUGGCGUGCUCGCUGUGCCUCUGGUGCUUCCGCAGGUGGCUGAUUAGAAUGGCGUUAAGUCAACUAAGAACUGCACAAAAACGGUCUUUAUUGUCGCCUCCUCGUCCUGGAAGUGCUCCGCUUAGCGACUUUUGUAACUUGUUUUCUCUUGGUUUUUCUGUCGUUUGGUUUCGUUUCAUGUGAGUCCCCGCGCCCCUCCAGAGUCCACCGCACCAGCCUGCAAAUGUAUGCUGGGGGAUUCUGGAGGGGCGCGGGGAUUUGGAGGGCGCCCGAGGUUCUUGGCUCGCAAUUGGGUGAGGGUUUUCCAGAAGGGAGCGCAGUAGGCGGCGAGUGUUCUGUGGAUUCGUAUCGUGCCCGAGAAGUUUGAAUUUUGUCCGGAUUUUUGCAGUCCUUAGUUGAAUUUUCUCCAUUAUAUCCUCAUUUACAGCACCAUCAUAUCGAUAUAUAUUAUCCUCAGUUACAGCAUCAUAUCGAUAUAUAUUAUCGUGAAUACGAGAAGCUCCUCCUUCUUCAUCAAGGACAGCAGGAGGAGCAGGAGGAGCGUCGACGAAGGGUGGAUCUUCGCGUUUGAUGGACAGGUUUUUGAAGAAACGCAACGAAAGAGAGCGUCCAACAGCAUCAAACCUCUACGCUGGAUUUUUGCCACAAGAUCAUCUUCGAGUAGCUGGCUUUAAUGAUGGCGAGGAAGACGAAGAUGAGGACUACGACGAGGAGGCUGAGCGAGCUGCCAAAGAAGCGGCUGAGAAAGCACAGCAGCUUGGUCUGGUGGUCAAAGAUGCUACUGCAAAGAAGAAGAAAGAGCCAAGACAUAUGAAUGUUUUAGCGUUUACUGGGAUGUUUCAGAAGAAGCGAAAAGCGGACUCUGAAGAGUUGCAAGAGAAAAAGCGGAGAUUGGUUUUGGAGUCGUCGAAAAAGCUAUAUCCAACGUUGGAAUGUGCGAAAAGCCUGGCGACUGAGUUCCAUUUCAGCGGUGACGCGGAGAAAGAUUUGCAAAAACGAUUCCGAGAGGCAAAUGGAUUCAAAAAAGAAGAAAAGCCAGUACCGAAGAUGUUUUUCAGUGCUGGCGCAUCAUCUAGUUCUGCUGGGAAUAAGAAAGCUGCUCCUGCUGUUGGUACUAGUGGUCAACAAGGAAGUAGCGCUGGUUCAUCGAGUUGUACAGCGAAAGCAGUAAGCAGCACGACUGGUAGUGGUGCAGCAUCUAAAUCUGCGUCUUCCUCCUCACCUCAACGGAUUCGUAAUCUCGCUGCAAGUUCCCUUUUCGGCCCAGCGUCUCUCCGCAAUAACGCUCGCAGAAAGAUGAUGAAGUUUUACGCCCAAAACGCUCUGAGAACGAUGGAGCGUGAGCAAGAAGAAGCAGCAGCUAAAGUUGCAAAAUUGCAAAACAAUAGGCCUAAACGAUCACCUAUUAUACCUGCGGUUGGCACAGAGCAAUUGCUCCACUUGGGGCAGCACCAGGACCACAAUAGUUUUGGUCCUAAGUCGUGUACUGGGAGCUCAACAGUGCCUGAUGAAAGUAGGCGCAGAACCGCAUGGUUGCGCGAAAAGAGGCAAUUGGAUCUCUUAGAUUACGGGUUUCCGAAUUGCAUUCUUCACCACCAUCCCUCACUCUUUUGCAAGUAGAAAAGAGGGCAGGUGGGAUGUUCUGAAGAAUGUAAUUCCGUAGCCUCUAAUUAGAUGCGGAAAUGUACCGAUCGACAGGCGACGACCGACGUGCGCCAAUGCUGCUCUGUGCCUUCUGUUGGCGGGAUGCCAGGUGUCGGAGUAAGGUCGUCGACGAAACAGUUCUCACUUGUUCUAAGAACUGUGCCAUAGCAUUGCAACUACAGUGGGACCCACUGGGGGUUCAAAAUGAUCGCUAUGGAGGGAGGGAAGCGAAUCAGGCAUUGUUUAAGAAAUAUGUUGAGGGAAACGAUCUUUAAAAGCUUGAUGGAUCGAACUACAGCACUUGUAGCCCAAGACCAAGAGGGCCAAAAUGCUGACCAAGUGCCAGCGCCACUGCGUCCUGCCUUCGUAACUUCUUGCUAAAGUCUCUCGGGCAUUGCGGUCGCUGUGACGCGUGUCACGCGAGCCAGAAUGCCUGGGGGUCGCUCAAGAAAUCAGGACUGUGGAUAGGCUAUCUUUAUUUGACAGGUAUAAGGGGACUUCUAGCCCUAUUGAUGGAAAAGAUCUUUAAAAGCUUGUGAUUAUGAUUCCUUCACUUUUCA